AUGGAGCAACAGGUUGAGGCCCAGGCGAGCUGCCAGGGGCUGCCUAGUGGUGGGACAUCGGCGGCCGGCCCAAGAGAGGGCUGGGUCAACAUCGGCGAGCAGACCUGGUCGGCUCUGCGGCAUGAAUGGAAGUACAAAUCGCCCAAUGAUAAAAAGGGGGGCACGCCACAAGACAGCGAGAAGCCCAAAGAGAAGAAGCGCAUCGAUCCCGAUGUAAUCUAUACCGACGUCACCUCACGAGGGCAGUUGUCGCAACCAGUGCCGCUGAGCGAUCUGGUGAACGUGCUUACGUGGGUGUGGGAAACCGACUCGAACUGGUAG